UAGAGGAAACGCUGCUCAACUGACAGACUGAGGAGAGAAACACCCUAAGAUUGAAAAAAAGUGGAAUGGGAUACUUAGCUGCGCACUAACUACCUGUUGAGAUGAAUUCUACAACCACUUCAGUUGACAACUCAUCAUCGCCCAAGAAUGAGGAAAACAGCGACACAGUCAUGAUCCUGCUGGGCAUGAUCAUGUCUAUUCUAGUUCUGUUCAUCGUUCUUGGCAACAUUCUGGUGAUAACAGCAAUUUCCCGCUUCCAGCGUCUCCAGAGUGUCACCAACUGCUUCAUCACAUCUCUGGCCUGUGCAGACCUGGUCAUGGGUCUCAUUGUGGUCCCCUUUGGUGCCAGCAACAUCAUCUUUAAGUCUUGGCACUUUGGUAAUUUCUGGUGCGAUUUCUGGACUGCGACUGACGUGCUCUGUGUGACCGCAAGCAUCGAGACCUUAUGUGUUAUAGCCAUAGACCGCUACUUGGCCAUCACGUCACCUUUUCGCUACCAGUCAAUGUUGACAAAGUGCAAAGCUCGAAUUGUGAUUCUGCUGGUGUGGGUGAUAGCGGCACUGAUAUCAUACCUGCCUAUUCACAUGAAGUGGGGCUUAUCAAAGGAUCCAGUAGCCCAGGCCUGCCUUAACAACACUACCUGCUGCGAGUUUAAUGUCAACGUAGAAUAUGGCAUCAUCUCGUCUAUCAUCUCCUUCUACAUCCCUUUGAUCAUUAUGAUUUUUGUUUACAGCCGUGUUUUCCAGGAGGCCAAGAAACAACUGAAAAAGAUUGACCAAAGCGUUGGCCGCUUUCAGAAGAGCAACAGUGACGAUGGUAAAUCUUUAGAAAGCACCACUGGGCGUGGACUAAAAAAGGCCAAGUUUUGCCUUCGAGAACACAAAGCUCUUAAGACAUUGGGUAUCAUCAUGGGAGUCUUUACUUUAUGCUGGUUGCCAUUCUUUCUGCUCAACGUAGUGGUAACCAUAUGCAAUGAAGAGUUCAAACUCCCCUACACGGUUCUCAACUGGAUAGGUUAUUCAAAUUCUGCCUUCAACCCCAUCAUUUACUGCCGGAGUCCUGAUUUCAGGUACGCUUUCAUGGAAAUCCUCUGUUUGAACAAAAACCGUCUCAGUAACCCAGGACCUGUGAACGGAUAUGUGUACAGCAGGCACAGCUGGCAGAGUGAGCCACAACAGAGGAGUAAGGGCAGCUUGGAUGAUGAUGACGCCAACAAAAGGUGUCUGCCAAAGGGAGCCGGGGUCUGCUGCCUUAAGGACAAAUCAGUAGACCCAAACGGCAACAACAAAAGCCUGUCAACUGUAACAACUGCCCUGUAAACAUAAAGCUCUGAGACUUCAUUAAGCAGUGAAACUCAGCUGUGUUUACAUUGCCAUCACACAUGUUUUUUCAUCCCUUAUUUACUGAUGAAGGUAAGGCCAGUCGAUGUGACUUGCACAGUCUCUGAUAACUGCUUUAAAGAAACUGCAAUAAUCAUUAU